GUGACAUUUGCCCUGGGCCUCAACCCUCAGCCGUUUCCAGCUGUGUGAAGAAAAGUGAAGAGGCGUUUUAAUGAAUCAGUAUUCGCUAGCUGACGCCAUGACGGACAAAGGAAACGUCACGGUGCCAAAGUUGUCAGAGUCUAAUAUGGGAUUUGGUGUGCUGGGAGUUUUUCUGGGGCUGCUCCUGGAGGUGUCCACCCAUGGACCCCACGGUGUGCCUCGAACUUCCUGGAGACACCAAGAUUUAGAUCUGAUGGAGUUUUCUGAGCCGGGGAUCUUCAACUACUCCACGUUGCUGCUGAGUGAGAAAAGGGAUGCGCUGUAUGUGGGAGCGAGGGACGCCAUCUUUGAACUCAGCAAGAAGAAUGUGACAGUGCGAAACAACAAGGUUGAGUGGACAGUUGAAGACACCCUCAUUCAGAUGUGCACACUUAAAGGAAAAUCAAGAGAGCGGGAUUGUCUAAAUUAUAUUAGAGUACUCCAAGUUGUAGAUGAUGAGCGGCUGUACGUCUGCGGCACACACGCCUUUCUACCUCAGUGUGACUACUUGAACCUCGCUGACUUCUCACUGAAAGGUCAGCCUGAAGAUGGCAGAGGAAAGUGCUCCUUCGACCCCUCACAGAGCUUUACUACUGUCAUGGUUGAUGGAGAGCUGUACUCAGGGACAGCUUAUAAUUUUUUAGGCAGCGAACCGAUCAUUUCCAGAUACUCUCCACACCACUCCCUGCUGAGGACAGAGUACUCUACAUCGUGGCUUAAUGAGCCCAGUUUUGUUUUUGCCGAUGUGAUCAGAGAGGGGAGUAACAAAGCAGACGGUGAAGACGACAAAAUCUAUUACUUCUUCACUGAGGUGUCCGUGGAGUACGAAUUCUUUGGCAAGCUGCUCAUCCCCAGGGUGGCGCGUGUCUGUAAGGGUGACCUUGGUGGGCAGCGCACCCUGCAGAAGAAAUGGACCUCGUUCCUGAAAGCGAAGCUGGUGUGCUCUAUGCCUGAGCUCAACUUUGUUUUCAAUGUAGUGCACGAUGUCUUCAUCCUGAAGAGGGCAGACUGGAGGGACACAGUCAUCUAUGGCGUCUUCACCUCCCAGUGGGGUAAUGUGGGUUUGUCAGCAGUGUGCGCCUACAACAUGACAGCGGUGGAAGAUGUCUUCUCCAAGGGCAAGUACAUGCAGAAGGUUACGGUGGAACAGUCCCACACCAAGUGGGUGCGGUACAAUGGCAUCACCCCAUCUCCACGUCCUGGAACUUGUAUAAACAGCCUGAUGCGACAGCAGAACAUUAGCAGCUCACUCCACCUGCCUGACAAGACCCUUCAGUUUGUAAAGGACCACCCCUUGCUGGAGGAUCCCGUCCUGCCCAUCAGUAACGGGCCUCGCCUCAUCGCCAAAGAUGUCAACUACACUCAGAUUGUCGUGGAGCGGGUCCGAGCGCUCAAUGGGAACACUUAUGACAUCAUUUUCACUGGAACAGAUAAAGGAGUCCUGCACAAGUCAGUGGUGUUUGAAGGAGAAGUUCAUAUUGUGGAGGAGAUCCAGCUCCUGAAGAACUCUGAGCCCAUCAAGAACUUGCUGCUGUCCUCGGAGACGCAUUGCCUGUACGCUGGUUCAGACUCGGGCGUAGUCCAGUCACCCACAGCCUUCUGUGGCAGGUAUCCAUCCUGUGUGGACUGUGUCUUGGCACGAGACCCUUACUGCGCCUGGGACCAUCAGACUGCUGCCUGUGUUAAUAUCUUUGAUGCUCGGAGCCAUCGGCUUAGCAGGCUAAUCCAGAGCCUGGAUGGUGAUGCAGACAAGUGUCCAUCAGGACCAGGUCUGCCCUUGAAGGACUACCAGCGUAUGACAGUGAAGCCAGGGAGCUCUGUUGAGCUGCCGUGCCUGGUGCAGUCGAACCUAGCCCAGAUUAUGUGGAAAUUCAACCGCUCAGCUCUCACUGAGGCCUCUCGCUUCCACCUCAUAGGCGAAAAUGGUCUCCUCAUUUACAGUGUAGCUCCAGAGGAUCAAGGUCGCUACGAGUGCUGGUCAGUGGAAUGGGCCCCUGCUGCUGGGAAGAACUUCAGCCGCCUCCUGGCUGGAUAUGUCCUGACUCUGGAUCUCCCACCCAGACCACCGCACCAGGCAGGCCGUGUGAGCCACACCCUCGGCAGCCAGGAGGCAGCUAGCACACAUGCUGCUGAAGGUAAUGGUAAGGCAGACAGAGCCCCACUAACUUCAGCAUAUACCCCUCCCAGCUUCACAGCCCUAGUCCUCUUCACCUCCUCACCCCAAACUGACUCAUCACUAACCCCACCCCUCAGCAACACAAUCAAGUACCAGCCAAGCACCAGUGCUCCUCGCCCAGACAACGGGGACCCAGCGGCUGAGUAUUUGCAGCACAACAACAGCACAGCUCUCCUGUUUCUCUUCCUCCUGUUUUUCCUCCUCUUCCUGGCUGCAAUGGCCUACAACUGCUACAUGCAGUAUCUUCCGGCUCCCUGCCUGCGGCUCCGGGCUGCUCUGCUGGGCAACCACAAGAGCGCCCAUCAGCCUGAGUAUCGGGCCUGUGAAGCAGGUCUGGUGGAAGCAUCUGCGACAGACAGAAUUAACAUGACGGAGCAACCAACUCAGAACGACAGCCAAACCAUCCAAAGUCUCAGAGCGCUCCGUGACACCGGGUAUGAGACUGAACCUGAGUAUGCCAACGGUCAGAUCCUCUCUCACAGUCUUGGGGACGAAAGCCCAUCCCAGCAGAAACCCUUUGAUGUGGACUGUGAAUCCCAGUCCAUCCAGUUUGCAGAUGCAGAUGAACCUUACUGCUAGCCAGACGCUUCUGUUUCUCUUAGCAAAGGGACUAUUUAUAGGGGGUCACUUUCUUGUUGCAUCUUCCCACAACUUGCUGUAUAAGUCUAAGUGGCUUCCUCUAUAUGGAAGCAUGUGAUGUAUAGCAUCAUAUGAGGUUUAAUCAUUAUGGGGCUUAAGUCAGGCAUCCCACUUGCCUGUAGAUAUUUCAAUCCUGUUUGAAGCAAAAACUAUAUUCAUGGAAGCUGCAGCUAAGCUCAGCUUAGUUCAGCAAGUAAAGCUAUUUCUUAAAUUCCAAACUGGAAACAUUGUUUACCAAAUUGGUAAGAUACUGUGAUGUUUUCCAAAUUGGAAUCAUGUUUUGUUUUUUUACAGCCUGGGUGGAAAAUAAUGUCUUUAAAGCAUUUGCAUCUUUCUUUUAAGCAAUGUGUAGGCCAUUGGACUUGGGACUUUUCCAUUCUAAUAAUUUCUCAGGGAAGAUUUGUCUUGCUUUGUUGUUUUGUUCUGCUGCACCUGGUAUGUUGGCCUUAAUCUCACCCAGUGAGGUGUAGGGUUUGAAGCUCAGAAAAAAAAGAAGCAAGCAGACAAAUGCUGGAAUAAAUCAAACCACUGUUUUGUGUAGAGUCAUCGUAAAUGACAGUUGAGUCUGUAUAUGUAUUUUUAUCGUCUCUAUGAAGUCAACGUUCCUACACGGAUACAGUCUGUUGUGGUCUUGUUGAUUCCCCUCGACUAGUCCUCCCCCCUAUGUGGAUUAUUAACAACAAAUCUGUAGAGUGUGAAUUGACCCUUGAUGUGUCAACUAAUAAUAAUCAGGUUUUCUGUUGCUAAAACUUCCCUGGAAACAAUUUGCAGUUUUUAAAAUAUUUUUUAAAUUGAGCUUCACUUUGUUUAUUGUGUAAGUAGUUGUCAUUUUUCCUCUUUCAUUUUAUUUAUUACAGCAGAUUUGGUUUUUGAAUCCUAGUUCUUUUUCAUUAGUCUCCCAUUCAUCUGUUUUGCAUGUUUUUCCCUUGUUUAGAUUUCCUGUUUUCCUCAAUACUCUUUUCCAUCACUGCUCCCCUCACAGCCUCCUCUUCUGUCGAUACUUCAUCCUCCCUGUCUUCUGGAAGUAGCGCUCUCCCUUCCUCCACCUCCUCCUCUUCCUUUUUCUCCUCCUCCUCCUCCUCCACCAAGCCCCAUAGUGUGGAGGCUCGGGAGGCAAAGGUGAGACUGUUGCCUCCCCUGCUGAAGGACCAGGCCUGGGGGGUUCAUACGCAGGAGUUUUUCCUGCUCUUCUGCCUCGCUUUGGGUGAGUGGUGCCUGUGACUCAUCUCACACCCCAAAACCGAACUUUCCUGUUGCUCGGUUUGGAAAUCCUUCUAACACUUUUUAAUCCUCCAUUUUCUCUGUGCUACUAUUUCUCAUUCAUUCUUUCUCCUUCCUACAUCUUGCAUGCCAUCAUUUCUCACACAUAAACUGACCAGGAGUGUGUGUUCAUAAGCCUGAGCUUUGCUUUUAACACAUCUGAUUUGUGCAGAACUGUUGAUCUCUGUUCUAGGUGUCUCAUAAGAAACCUGUAUGAGUGAAUGUUUAAAAAGACAAAUCUGGGAUUUCAUAUUAAACUGUCAGCCUCUCAGUGAUCUGGUUGUCUCACCGUUUUCAAAUCUAAGUCAUUGAAAGAUAGUUUUGUGUAUUACUGUCUAACAACAGUUUGACAUGAAGCCUGUAGACUUUAGAAGUGGCUCCUCCUCGUUCAUUGAGAAUCUCUUCUUUAUAGCAGAAUCAAAUGUCUUGCAUCUCAGUCCUUAUUCUGGAUCAUUUUUGUGCCUGUAAAGAACUGGAAAUAUAUUUGUAUAUGUGGAAAAUGACCUUUGAAGAUGUACAUAAAUUUAGGUGACUGUCUCAUGGUAGGAAGGCUAAAUAAAUGUUAGCUUG